AUGAGAUCUAUCCUCAAAAUUUACUCUCAUCUUAUUGUGGGACAGAAGUUAAAUGUGGUUAAUGGUUAUCCAAGCAAGCCAAUAGGAUUAUACAGUAAGCAGUCUAUCAUAUUCGGAUCAGACUCAAAUGCUGAGGACCUGGAAGGAUAUGCAGGUGCUGGGUUUUAUGACAGUGUUUGGAAGACUAGAGAAUCCUAG